UAAGGCAACUGGGUGUACUCUUUUGAGGGGCGGCUCCGCUGAGAUAGUCGCGUCACCGCGCCCUCUGCGAACAUUACAAGGCCAUACGCCGCCGGUUGUUACAGCAAGGCGCUGGGUGGCCCCUCAGGCCUGCGGCGUGGGUCUGCCUAAGUUUGCCAGACCCAAAGUCUGUGAGCAGCCGCUAUGUCGAUCUUCACUCCCACCAAUCAGAUCCGCUUAACCAAUGUGGCGGUGGUACGGAUGAAGCGCUCCGGGAAGCGCUUUGAAAUCGCCUGCUACAAAAACAAGGUCGUUGGCUGGCGGAGCGGCGUGGAAAAAGAUCUUGACGAAGUUCUACAGACCCACUCAGUGUUUGUAAAUGUUUCUAAAGGUCAGGUUGCGAAGAAGGAAGAUCUGAUCAGUGCAUUUGGAACAGAUGAUCAGACUGAAAUUUGUAAACAGAUUUUGACUAAAGGAGAGGUUCAAGUAUCAGAUAAAGAACGGCACACACAGCUGGAACAGAUGUUUAGGGACAUCGCAACUAUUGUAGCUGACAAAUGUGUGAACCCUGAAACAAAGAGACCAUACACUGUUAUCCUUAUCGAGAGAGCCAUGAAGGACAUCCACUAUUCAGUCAAAACCAACAAGAGUUCAAAACAGCAGGCUUUGGAAGUGAUAAAACAGUUAAAGGAGAAAAUGAAGAUAGAACGUGCUCACAUGAGACUUCGGUUCAUUCUUCCAGUGAAUGAAGGGAAGAAGCUGAAAGAAAAGCUCAAGCCACUGAUCAAGGUUAUAGAAAGUGAAGACUACGAUCAAAAGUUAGAAAUUGUGUGUCUGAUUGACCCUGGCUGCUUCAGAGAAAUUGAUGAGCUAAUAAAAAAGGAGACAAAAGGCAAAGGUUCUUUGGAAGUACUCAAUUUGAAAGAUGUGGAAGAAGGAGAUGAGAAAUUUGAAUGACGUUCAUCAGUCUCUUCAGAUGUAAAACACUAAAGCAUUUUCAUUUCCCACAGUUCUGUUCUUUCUGUGAUCUGCCAAGUACUUGCUCAAACUAUUUGACCUUCCCGUUUUAUGUUAAACAUAUACACAAAGACUUUCCUAAAUAAGUAUUAUAAUGUGGGAAAUUAAUUUCACUUUAAUUUUAAAGUGGGAUUUUAGGCAAAAAUGAAAAAUCCAAAAUAUAAAGUCCAGAGUUGCAUUUUGUUACUGUCUCGUGCCUUUGUGACUUGCCAAGAUAAAAGUUAUUUGAGGCAACUCUUGUGGAUAAAAAGAUAAGUUUUGUGCAUUAUAAUAAGAUAAAUGGGAGGAUAUGUCUGUAUGACAAAAAGGGUUUGUGCUGAAAAAUAAAACAAUGUCUUAUUUCCGCUUAAUGAAAUGUAUGUAUAGGAGUAACUAUUGUGAUCUAAUAUAAAGCUUCAAUGAUGACUUCCUGAUUACCUUCAAAAUAGGUACAUGAUGACUGUGUAAGACUUAAGUAAUACUCAUUGAACAUGCUGCCAUAACCUAGAUUAUUCUUGGUAAAUAAAGUCAUUUCUAGUUCUUAAAGUUUAUAUUAAUGUGGCUAAAGUAUGCAAGCAAUAAAACCACUGUUUAUUUUUAUUAAACUACAGCUUGUAUUUCUAGACAGCUUCCUAAACCCCCUUCUUUCUCUACUUGUUGGUAGGGUUAGCAAGUUCUUAGCAGGAUUAAGUCAUAUGAGGGAUGCUUAGAAUGGGCCUGUUCUAACAAACCCCUGAUAAGUCUUAAUGAUUUGGGAUGUAAUUGAAUUAAUUAUUUUGGUAUCUGAACACUUAAGUAGACAACAUGCAAGUGUUUUAAAAUCUACUUAAUCCUCAAAAGAGAUAUUCUAGAAUAUAAAUAGGUUUUCACUCAAACAUAAAACUAUUUUAUGGUCAGAAGUUUUUAACCGAACAGGUCCUGAUUGGUUUUAUGAGCACAUAGAAUUUACUACUAAUACAAAUGCCCAGAAAUAUCCUGUUUUAAAAUAACUUCAAUUGAAGUUACAAGGUCAAAAUUUUUCCUGUAGUGUUAGAAAAAGUACUGUUGUUUGAUAACAUAGGGAGACACUUUCUGUUAACACUGAAACUCAACUACUGUUCUGAUAAAAUCCUUAAGAUGAUCCCCUCCCUGUUUCUAUUUUACUUUAAUUGUUGUUAUAAAGAUGAUUUAAACUUCAAGUCUUUAGGAAUUAUUUUAACCAAUGAUGUUUAUAGUUUUAUUUCCAGCUUAAACAUUUAGUUACUAAAGCACAGUUUAUGGAGCACUGAACUCUGGACUCAAUUCCAGAAGCAAAGAUGCAGGAACCAAAGGAGAAGCCCCAUCCUAAUAAGGACUAGGACAGGAGACCCAGAUCUGGUCUGGCUGGCAACAAAAAUAAGUACUAUGAGGAGACCUAAUGCCCAACCCUGAAACCUCCAGGGCCUAAGGAUGAGACCUGAUAGCACAGGAGGGGGCUGAGCUUUAUUUCCACCUUCCUGGUGUCUUCAUCCAACACAAAACUAGAGUGGAGAUAAGCAAGAUGGACACGAGCCCUGGCCUUGAAGUCUAAAUUUUAGUAUGGAAAAGAGCAUAGUCUUCUAGUCCAACCAUUUUGUUUUUCACAGCUGAGGAAUCUGGAAAAGUGCUCAAACACAGAGGUCAAUGCCUUGUCACCAGGCUGACACACAUACUUCAGGGCAGAGGCUGGACGAGAACCCAGUCUGCUGCUCCAUGCAUUGCCUUCUCUGCUGCACUGUAGGACUGCAGUAGUUGAGAUGUAUGGGAAGUAUUGUGUCUGUCCUAGAGGAAGUUAAAGUUGUGUUCAUUCUGUUGUUGUGCUCUUCGUGUGGUAAACAGCUGUGUUAAAUGUUUCAGGUGUGUCUGAUUGACCCUGGCUGCUUCAGAGAAAUUGAUGAGCUAAUAAAAAAGGAGACAAAAGGCAAAGGUUCUUUGGAAGUACUCAAUUUGAAAGAUGUGGAAGAAGAUGAGAAAUUUGAAUGACGUUCAUCAGUCUCUUCAGCUGUAAAACACUAAAGCAUUUUCUAACAAUAAAAUGCAACUUCAAACUAUCACAAAAA